CGGCGGUGCCUCUCGGCGCGCUUCUUUUUUCCCUCCCUCCCUCCCUCUCUCUCUGUCUCUCUCCCCCUGCAGAGGGAGGCGCCUUUGGAAUUAAACCCUUUCAUCGCCUCCCCUCUUUUCUCCGCCGUCGCCUUGAGAGGAGAGCCUAGAGAAGGCGCUGCAAAGGAGGGAGGAAGAGGAGGCGGCGGCGGCGGGCUUGCCAGGAUGGCGACGGUGGUGCUGGAACCCGAGUCGGAGCCGUCUUGUAGCCUUCCCAGCGCGGUCCCCCCUUCGCCGAGCCUGUCGCACCGUUUUCUCGACAGCAAAUUUUAUCUGCUGGUGGUGGUGGGCGAGCUAGUCACAGAGGAGCAUCUGAGAAGAGCCAUAAGCAAUAUAGAGCGAGGUAUCCGAUCAUGGGACACAAACCUCAUUGAAUGCAACUUGGAUCAAGAACUUAAACUUUUUGUGUCUCGCCAUUCAGCUCGAUUCUCUCCUGAUGUUAGAGGUCAGAAAAUCCUUCACCACAGAAGUGAAGUUUUAGAAACUGUUGUGCUAAUUAAUCCUUCAGAUGAAGCAGUCAGCACUGAGGUGCGUUUAAUGAUAACAGAUGCUGCACGACAUAAACUUCUGGUACUAACUGGGCAGAACUUUGAAAAUACAGGCGAACUCAUUCUUCAGUCAGGAUCUUUCUCAUUUCAGAAUUUCAUUGAGAUCUUCACAGACCAAGAGAUUGGAGAAUUAUUGAGCACUACUCACCCUGCCAACAAAGCCAGCUUAACACUUUUCUGUCCUGAGGAAGGGGACUGGAAGAAUUCAAACCUUGACAGACACAACCUUCAAGAUUUCAUCAACAUUAAGCUGAAUUCUUCUUCCAUUUUGCCUGAAAUGGAAGGGCUUUCUGAAUUCACAGAGUACUUGUCAGAAUCAGUGGAAGUACCAUCUCCAUUUGAUAUUUUGGAGCCGCCAACAUCUGGAGGCUUUCUGAAACUUUCUAAGCCUUGUUGUUACAUUUUCCCUGGUGGAAGAGGAGAUUCCGCACUGUUUGCUGUGAAUGGGUUCAACAUGCUAAUCAAUGGAGGAUCAGAGAGAAAAUCUUGCUUCUGGAAACUCAUCAGACAUUUGGACAGAGUGGAUUCAAUUUUGCUCACUCACAUUGGAGAUGACAAUUUGCCAGGAAUUAACAGCAUGUUGCAACGGAAAAUAGCGGAAUUGGAAGAGGAGCAAUCUCAAGGCUCUACUACCAAUAGCGACUGGAUGAAAAAUCUAAUUUCACCUGAUUUGGGAGUUGUGUUUCUCAAUGUUCCUGAAAGCCUAGGAAACCCUGAUCCUAAUUUGCAAUUAAAAAGAAGUGUAGAAGAGGCUUGUUUCACGUUGCAAUACUUAAACAAGCUAUCCAUGAAACCAGAACCUCUCUUUAGAAAUAUAGGAAACAACACUGAGCCCAUUAUCCUUUUUCAAAAAAUGGGUGUAGGGAAACUGGAAAUGUAUGUCCUUAACCCAGUCAAAAACAGCAAAGAAAUGCAAUAUUUCAUGCAGCAGUGGACAGGUACGAACAAAGAUAAAACUGAACUAAUAUUACCAAAUGGUCAAGAAAUAGACAUCCCAGUUUCCUACCUGACUUCGAUCUCAUCAUUGAUUGUAUGGCAUCCUGCAAACCCUGCUGAAAAAAUUAUCAGAGUUCUUUUCCCAGGGAACAGUACACAGUACAGCAUAUUAGAUGGCCUAGAGAAGCUCAAACAUUUGGACUUCCUUAAACAACCAAUAGUGACACAAAAAGACUUAAGUGGUAACCUGACAAGUCCAGCAGUAAAGCAGACAAAACUGAAGCAGAGAACAGACAGUAAAGAAAGUCUCAAGCCAAUCACUAAAACACUGUCUACAAAGACUGUCAGAAAAGAAUCGAGAGAGGAGGCUUCUGACACAGGGAAAUCUAGCCCACCAGAAAAGGCUCAAAAAGUAGAAAAACCCAUCAUAAAAAAGGAAAAACCAGCAAAAAGUGAAAGUAGGCUCUCUGUGACUGAAAAAGACCUAACAGCAAAGGAGCAACCAGUUGUGAAAUCUGAAACUGUUGAAAAACAAACCACCGAUGUGAAACCAAAAGUAAUAAAGGAGAAGCAGGUGAAAAAGGAAGUGAAAGUAAAAUCUGAAGAAAAACAAGAGGAGAAAGAAAAGUCAAAGAAAGAGGUGCCUAAGAAGGAUGAAAAAUCCCAGGCCAGGAAAGAAGAAAAGCCUAAAAAGGAUGAUUUGAAGAAAGAAAUAAAGAAAGAAUCUAAAAAAGAGCCAAAGAAAGAAGCUGCUCCAAAAGAAUCCAAAAAAGAAGAGAAAAAGGAAGUGAAAAAGGAAGAAAAGAGAGAAAUCAAGAAGGUUCCUAAGGAGAUAAAGAAAACCUCUGCUGCUUUGCCUGAAUCAAAGAAGAUUAUGGCAAAGUCAAAACCACAGAAGAAGGAAGAACCCGUCAAAAAAGAAAGUGGACUUGCUGGGAAACCCAAAGAAAAAGUUAAAAGCAAGCCAGUGAAGAAAGAGCUCAAAGUGGCUGAAAAAUCAGCUGCAGCAGUGACUGUUUUGGGAGCUGGGGCUGCAACAGUAGCAGCCGCAAGCCUAGCAGCCAGUGGGAAAGAAUUUGAAGUUGAGAGGUCACUUAUGUCCUCACCAGAAGACCUAACAAAAGAUUUUGAAGAACUAAAAGCGGAAGAAGUUGAAGUAGUGAAGGAAACAGAGGAAGAUAAAGUUAAAAUCGAAAGCCAGCUAACUGAUGUAGAACAAAAGGAAGAUUAUACAGUUCAAAAAGAAAAAAUAGAAGGUCCAAUUCAUUCUCCUGAUGAAGAUAUCACUGCUGCAGAACCUGAGGGAGAAUGUGAACGAACUCCUGAAGAGCUGGAGUCUGUAGGAAAGGACAAGGUUGAUGACAGUGAAAAAUUUGAAGAGGAAGGAGCAGGUUUUGAAGAAUCUUCUGAGGCAGGUGACUAUGAAGAAAAGGCUGAGACCGAGGAGGCAGAAGUACAAGCGGACAAUGAAGAAGUACCAACAAGUUUCAAAAAGCAAGGCAUAAAGGAUAUAAUUGAAACAGAGGAGAUUGAAAAAGAAAUGAUAGAAGCUCCCGAAAAUGAAAAAAUGAAAGGGUUAAUGUAUGAUAAAAAAGCAGAAUUUAGAAUGGAGUAUGAAGAUCACUAUGAGGACAAUUUAGAAGAAAGAGCAGUUGAAAAGGCAGAAAUAGAAGACACUGAAGAAGAAAUUGAAGAAGACAAAACCGAGGAGGUCAAAGAUGAAGAGGAAACUGAAAAAAUACAAGCUGAAGGAGAUUAUGUCAUGGCUGUAGUAGACAAAGUAGCUGAAGCUGCUGAAAUGGAUGAUAAACAUGGUUUGCCUAUAACUACUCCAACUAAAUUGUCAGAAUCUCCAUCUCCGGCAAAGGAACCAGCAUCUUCAAUCCAUGAUGAAACUCUACCUGGUGGGUCAGAAAGUGAAGCAACGGUUUCAGAUGAAGAAAACAGAGAAGACCAGCCUGAGGAAUUCACUGCUACUUCAGGUUAUACCCAGUCCACUAUUGAAAUAUCCAGUGAACCGACUCCAAUGGAUGGAAUGUCAACUCCACGAGAUGUAAUGAGUGAUGAAACAAAUAAUGAAGAAAGUGAAUCUCCUUCCCAAGAAUAUGUCAACAUUACUAAGUAUGAGUCAGCACUAUAUUCUCAAGAUUUUGCUAGACCUAAAGUUGCUCCUCUUCCUGAUGCUUUUAAUGGAUUAUCCGAAGGAUCAAAAACAGAUGCUACUGAAGGCAAAGACUAUAAUGUUUCAGCUUCUACCAUUUCACCACCUUCUUCAUUAGAGGAAGAUAAAUUUAACAAAACUGCCUUCCAGGAUCUGUAUCAUCUUCGAGAAAAUGAAUUCAAAACUGUUAAUAAAUUAGAAAUUUCAGAAACUUGGGAUGGGAAGAUUAGCCCAACUAUAGAUGAAAGUCCAGCCCCACUAUCACCUGUUGCUAAAACACCUCUUAGCGAACGUAGUGUGAACUUUUCCCUAACUCCCAAUGAGAUUAAAACAUCAACUGAGCCUGUUUCUCUCACAACACUGCCAGAAAAACAUCAUGAAACCCAGGAAGAACAGUGCCCCAGCCCUGAUGAUAAAACUUUAGAAGUGGUAUCCCCUUCACAAUCAGCUGCUGGAAGUGCUGGUCAUACUCCUUAUUAUCAGUCUCCCACUGAUGAAAAGUCAAACCAACUUCCAACUGAGAUUCCUGGAAAGACAACUGAAGUACCAAUCAGUGUUGAAGUUAGUGAUGCCAAAGACAAUGUUGCAAAACACAGAAUAAGCCCAAUGGAUGAACCAGUGCCUGAUUCUGAAUCGCCUUUUGAGAAAGUGCUUUCACCUUUACGAAGUCCUCCACUUAUUGGUACAGAAUCUUCUUAUGACACAUUUUUAAGUGCUGAUAUAAAAUCUCUCAAAGAAACUGAAAUCACCUUUGAAAAGAAAAGUGAAACAGAUGAUUCCGUGUUGCAGGAGAUCUCAGUUUCUGAAGUUACUUCAACAAACAUUUUCCAAGAGCAGCAGGAUGAAAAAGAUUUGGAGCUGACACCUCCAAAAUCAGACAUUCUUCUAUUAAAGAAAAAGGAUGAUUUAGAUGCUUCAGAAAUUCAGUCUGCAUUAGUUUUGGAUGAGAGGAAACUGGCAGAGGUUUCUCCUACUCAGGUGGAUAUUAGUCAUUUAGGCUAUUUCAAAGAGGACACUAAAAUGUCAAUAUCUGAAAGUACCGUCUCUGAUAAAUCUGCAACUCCUGUUGAUGAAGUUGUAGCAGAAGAUACUUAUUCCCAUAUUGAAGGAGUUGCGUCUGUUUCUACAGCAUCUGUUGCUACUAGUUCAUUCCCAGAACCAACCACUGAUGAUGUAUCUCCUUCGUUACAUGCUGAGGUUGGAUCUCCUCACUCUACUGAAGUUGAUGAUUCUCUUUCUGUGUCUGUUGUACAAACACCAACUACAUUUCAAGAAACAGAAAUGUCUCCAUCUAAAGAAGAGUGUCCUAGACCAAUGUCUAUUUCUCCACCAGACUUUUCUCCUAAAACAGCAAAGUCAAGAACACCAAUACUAGAUCAUAGAUCUCCUGAACAAUUGACUAUGUCAGUAGAAUUUGGACAAGAUUCACCUGAACAGUCUUUGGCCAUGGAUUUUAGCAGACAGUCGCCUGAACAACCCAUAGUAGGUGCUGGUGUGCACCAUAUAUCUGAAAAUGGUCCCACAGAGGUUGAUUUUAGCCCUUCAGACAUGCAGGAACAUGGAUUUCCAGAUAAAAUAUCACCAGUGGAACAAGUGUGUUUUAGCCAUGAGAAGGAUAUUUCAGAAAUUAUUUCAGUUUCUCAGAUAGAGGCUUCACCGUCACCGUCCACUUCCUCUGUCCAUACACCUUCACAGGCAAGUUCUCCCCUGCAAGAAGAAAUCCUAUCAGCUGUUACACAGCCUAGUGAUAUGCCAUUACAUUCUACAUUUCCAUCAGAAAAAAUGCAAAGCUUGGGAGAGAAACUCUCACCAAAGUCUGAUUUAUCUUCAUUGACACCACGGGAAUCUUCUCCUUUGUAUUCACCUAGUUUUUCAGAUUCACCACCUAUAAUGAAAGAAACAAUGGCUGCUUCUCAGUCAUCUCUAUUAUCACUGCACGUAUCCCCAGACAAAUUGUUUGGCUAUCAUACAUCAAUAGUUCAAGAUCCUGAGUCAAAGCAUGGCCAAGAGCUUCUAGUAUCUAAGGAUCAGGAAGAUACUGAAGAAACAUCCAUCUCACCAGAACCGCUUAUUUACUCUUAUAAGGAAACUGGAAGAAUCACUAGGUCACCUGAGGCUGUUAGUUAUUCCUAUGAAAAAACAGAGGAAGUCACUGAAUCCCCUGAAACCUUUGAUUACAACUAUGCUGCAACAAAGGAAAUCACCAGAUCAAUAGAGGCAGAUAGUUAUUCCUACGAAAAAACAGAAGAAACCACCAAGUCACCAGAUGCCCUUGAUUAUUCUUAUGAAAAAUCCACCAAACCGUCAGAGUCUGUCCAUUAUCCUUUUGAGUACACAGAGAAAGCCACCAAAUCGCCUGACAUUUCAAGUUAUCGCUAUGAGAAUGACAAAUACUUUGUUUCAGAAAAAUCUGAAAUCCGCCAAGAUGUUGAUUUAUGUCUUGUCUCAUCCUGUGAAUACAAGCAUCCCAAAACAGAACUGUCACCUUCUUUUAUAAAUCCUAACCCCUUAGAAUGGUUUGCAAAUGAAGAACAAUCUCAAGAUCAAGAAAAGCUGUUGGUUCAGUCCGGAGGGGCUCCACCACCCUCUGGAGGAAAACAGCCAGCUCGCCUGUGUGGUGAAACACCCCCGACUUCUGUAAGCGAAUCUGCUCCGUCACAGACUGACUCAGAUGUACCCCCUGAAACGGAAGAGUGUCCUUCCAUUACAGCAGAUGCUAACAUUGAUUCAGAAGAUGAAUCUGAAACGAUACCGACAGAUAAAACGAUUACAUAUGAACACAUUGACCCUCCCCCAGUCCCUGUUCAAGAUCGCAGCCCUUCACCUAGGCACCCGGAUGUCUCCAUGGUAGAUCCAGAGACAUUACCUAUUGACCAGAAUCUAGGGAAACCUUUGAAAAAGGAUCUGAAAGAAAAAACAAAAACCAAAAAACAGGGGACUAAGACCAAAUCUUCCUCUCCUGCCAAGAAGAGUGAUAGCAAACCUAAGCAAGUGGCUUCUCCAAAACCUGCUGGCUUGAAGGAAUCAUUAGAUAAAGUUUCCAGAACAGCUUCUCCGAAGAAGAAGGAGUCUGUGGAGAAAGCUGCCAAAAAUAUCUCUACUCCAGAGAUAAAAUCAUCUCAUAAUGAAGAGAAAGAUAAAGAAACUAAGAAUGCAGCCAACUCUACAACAUCAAAAUCAGCAAAAACUACAACUUCAGGACCUGGAAAUGGGAAACCAACGAAAUCUAUAGCUGUGCCUCCAGGACCUCCUAUGUAUUUGGACCUGGUCUAUAUUCCCAACCACAGCAAUAGCAAGAAUGUUGAUAUAGAAUUUUUCAAGAGGGUGAGAUCAUCCUAUUAUGUUGUGAGUGGGAAUGAUCCUGCUGCUGAAGAACCAAGCAGGGCUGUCUUGGAUUCCCUGUUGGAAGGCAAAGCUCAGUGGGGAAGCAAUAUGCAGGUGACAUUAAUCCCAACGCAUGAUUCAGAAGUGAUGAGGGAAUGGUACCAAGAGACCCACGAGAAACAACAGGAUCUUAACAUCAUGGUUUUGGCAAGCAGUAGCACCGUUGUUAUGCAAGAUGAAUCUUUCCCUGCAUGCAAGAUUGAACUGUAAAAAAAAAAAAAAGCAAUGCAUUUCAACUUUAAACUUUGUUUCCAGAAAUUCUUGAAUUUGAAAAUACUUUUUCUAAAAAUAUAAUCCAUCUAAUUCAGCUGCUGAACUAUAUAUACCUGCCAAAUGCUAUACUGUAUCAGAGUGAUGCAAGUCACUAUUUUUUUUCCAGUCUUUGCUAAUUGCUAAGGGAAAUAACAGUAUUCCCACCAUAGGGUUCAAAUUACUGCAAAACCUGCAGAUUCAGGUUCAUCUUCAUUGAACACUAGGAAACCAUGCACUAGCAAACACUGCUGACUUCUGCCAGGUUGGGGGCAUUUGCCCUUGGAAGAAACAGAAAAGAUGGAGAGAGAGAGGAGGGGAGGGGGAAGAUGAGUUGGAUGGCAUAGAGGAGAAUAAAAUAAUUAAUUCUGCAUUAGUUACAAAGCACUCAGUGACUUACCUCCCACAGUCUAGCAGCCCAGAGAAAGAAAUAUUUGGGUUUUUUUCAGAGUAGGCAUAUUUAAUUUAGUGACAUCUUAGCUAGAACAUUAAGUGAAACAAUGUGGUUUUGAAGGAACAUUGCAUUGGAAACACUUAGUAUUGGCAACUUCCCAUUCAGUGUUUCAUUGUCACGGAACACAAUAUUCUUAGACAAAAUGCGCAUGUAGUUUGAACCCCAUUCAGUUUACCAUGCAGACAUAUUGGUCUAAGGCAUCCUCCCAGCGAAAAUUCAGAGUUCUUUCAAAAUUGACAAACUUGCAUGCUAAAACACCCGGGUCACUGACAAGUUUACUGAAGCAAAAUACCAAAGCAGUGGGAGUACCUAUGGUAGACAUUUGCCUUAGAAAGUGACUUGAAUGUACAAAGAUACUUGAUGCACUUAUUUUUUAAUGCAAGAUAGCAAGUUUAUAAAACCAUCUGUGUAGGAUUAUAGUUACACCAGUACAGAACUAUGCGUGUGCAUGUGUGCUAUUGGAAAACUCUCUGAUUGGUCAAACAGCUUGGUGCUAUGAAUUAUGUAUGUAAGUUGAACACUUCAUUGGUGCACCUGAACAGCAAACCUUGUUUGAAGUUAUUAUUAUUUCCCCCCCCCUCUUUUUUCCUGCUUCUUGGAGGCAUGAAAGAAAAGGUGUUCCGUACCAGAAAUUCAAAAUAACAAAAAUAUAUGGGAUGUUACAAAAAGGUUAUCUGCACAUCUGUAGAGUCUUUGAAGCUUUCUUUUGUCUUACAUUAGUUUGACUGUUAAUUUAAGAGUGAAUAUGGGACAAAUGUACAGAAUUUUUUUAGCUGUGCACGAACUUUUAAUAGAUGAAUUUUUAAACAUGUUUUGUUUACAGGAAAACGCAGAAAAAAAAACCCCAGGUGAAGGCGAAAUUUUUUAGUAGUUUUGUAAGACAACACAUAGUGUUAUUUUGAGUUCUGGUGAGAAUGAAGUACGAUAAAACAGUACCAUAUUUAUUGAACGUAGCUGACUGCCAAGGAUUAUCUUGCGGAGAGCACACUAGCAAUAUCGUUAUGUGUUAGUGAUCAAAGAACUAAGGACUGAAAGGUUAGUUCGCUUUCUUUUAAGCAGGCAGCUUGGAUUGGGGGCUAUUCCAUGGCUUUAUGCAAUCCAGGGAGUCAUUUGUGAUGGCACUAUUUCAGUACCAAUAAACACAGCUUAUGACUGGGGGAGUGGGUUUGCAUCAAACCACGCUUUGUGACAUUACAAGCAGUCCUGUGAGACACCUGUCAAACCCUCCAGUGUUAGUUGGGCAGCAGAGAUCUUGACUUAAUUUUCCUAGAUAUUCCUUUAUCCUACACUGUCUUAAGUAAAAUUAAUUGAAGGAUCCUUCCCCAAAGUAAAACCAGAACAGGGUAUACUGUAUAUAAUGUGAUUCUGUGAAAUCAUAGAAACGUGCAAAAUGUAAUCCUGACCACAGAUUUUAACUGAUGAGAACCUCAGCUCCCAGGUUCUUCAAAACUUCAUUUCCUAGAAUUACAGGGAGGAGAGUGGCUGAUCAGGAUUUCUUACAAUCAGAUGGGAUUUAAUAUUCCCCAUCUUUUCAAAUUAGCACACAGAAAAACAAAGUAUGCAAAACUUAUUCAGGUAUGCAUAAUUUCUACAGAUUACAGGAAUCAAUUUUAUGUGUGACUGAGUUUGGGUUGUUUGGUCACACAUUGUUCCACUUGGCUUCGUAGCAGUGGCAAUUUGAGUAGUGAUGCUAGCAUACCAUACAGUAUGCAACCACACUACUUUCUCCCUGCCACUUAAAGCACCUGCUAGGGUUGCAGGGUUCUCUGGUUCUUCUCUCAUCUUCCAAACAUGCCACCAUUCCAUUUAUCCUAACAAAUUACAUGUGCCUGGCCUAGUGCAAACUUACUUGCUUAUUUUUUUAAUGUUCAAGACCACCUCUAUCGGGAAGCCUACAAUUUCAUUGUAAGACAGAUGGAAAUGAAAAGUCAGAAAAAUAAGAAAAUGUGUGAUAACCGAGGUCUGAUAAUAAUAUUUCUCAUGCUGGUAUAGUAUUUUCAUGACCAGAGUACAUGUUAUCACUACUUGUAAUAAUACCUCCAUUAUCCUUAAUGCUUUGCUUUGCAGCUCUGUACAGAAUUUUCACAAUCUCAUUCUUUCUAUAAUAGGAAUUUGUAUUGUUUUAUGCCAGCCAUGUUUUCAGAAUGCUCUGAUUUCAUUAAGUAGGGGACAACUACAGCAUUUUGUUUAUUAUAUGUUAUAUAAUUUAUUUUAAUUGUUGCAUUGUUUAUUUUUGUUUUAUUUUGCUAAUUUUUUAUAUAUUUUUAAUAUUACUUUAGAUCCUCUUUAAUUUGGGCUGGGUAGUCCAAUUAAUGCUGUGAAAUAUUGUUUAUGUUUUGUGGAUUUAAAAAUUCUAAUAUUUUGUUUUUGUUUGACAAUUCUAGCAAUGCUAUUUUAUUUAUUAUUUUACCUUUAUCCAAGAAACACUUCUGUUCUUAUAGCUCUUUAUUUUUCUUGGAACAGCGUAGAUGGAAGCUCUAUGGGUUAGAUUCCAAGUCUUAAAAAAAACUAGUAUGAUUGUGGAAUGAAAAGCUCGGGAAAAAUGUAUUUUUGAAAGAAGCAGGAUAGCUGAAUUCAUAAUUGUGAAUGCUGCUUUUGGGAACUGCAGCGGUGGGAAAACCUUGUCCUGGUACCCAUUAAACAGAAAUAACUACAUGUUAUUUGAUAUAUUCCUGAAUGUUAUUCUCCCAUACCUCAUCCCCUUUUUAGCUCAACAGUUGCUAUUUCUAAUACGAUUCUAUUAUCAUCCACUAAUAUGAUACAGUCCUAACCAUAUGUUCGUCCACAUUGGAUGACCCAGGCCAAUAGUACUGACAGAAGGUUAAAAUGUAAGCAUUUACUGGACAAAGUUGUUACUCUACCACAUUGUUUUCAUUGUUUAUUUAUCCAAGUUAACCACCUUGAAAAUAUCUGGGUUUCUUAGUACUGAUGGCUGGGGAAUUCUGCAGAAAUUCAUGUGGAGAGUUCCUUAAUAUGGAAAGAUUGACUUAGAUGAUUUAUUCUGAGUGGAUGCCAAGCGAUUGCAAUCAGCUCUGCCAACUAACAACGCAAUAUUCCAUUUAUUAUUGAUUACAGAUUAACAGAGUUGGAAGGGACCUUAUAGGUCAUCUAAUCUAACCCCCCGUUCAAGCAGGAGACCCUACACCAUUUCUGACAAAUGGCAGUCCAAUCUCUCCUUGAAAGUCUCAAGUGAUGAAACUCCCACAACUUCGGAAGGCAAGCUGUUCCAUUGGUUGAUUGUUCUCACUGUCAGAAAGUUCCUCCUUAUUUCUAGGUUGAAUCUCUCGUGGAUCAGUUUCUAUCCAUUAUUCCUUGUCUGGCUUUCAGGUGCUUUGGAAAAUAGCUUAACCCCCUCUUCUCUGUGCAGCCCCUCAAAUAUUGGAACUGCUAUUAUGUCUCCCCUGGUCCUUCUCUUCACUAGACUAGCCAUGCCCAGUUCCUGUAACAGUUCUUCAUAUGUUUUAGUCUCCAGUCCCCUAAUCAUCCUGGUUGCUCUUUGCAUUUUUUCUAGAGUCUCAACAUCUUUUUUAUAGUGUGGUGACCAAAACUUGAUGCAAUACAAUUUAACUGUUAAACAUGAAAUUUUCUGGUUAGGAAUUAGAGCACAGAAAAAUCUAGACUAGAUAAAAUACAAACAUGUCUAGAAAUAAAUAACAUAUAAAUUCAAACAUAGAGAAACAUAUCACAUACAAACUUCAAAUGAACUCCCAACUUCAAAUAACUUUUGUCAGUAGGGCUACAGUAGGGCUACAGUAGGUCAAGUAUGUUUUGUCACCAAUAUUAAACUGCAAGUUUUUCUACCUUUACAAAUGACAAACAUGAAUAUUUCAGGUUUUUUAUAUCUAUUGUUGAGUCAAACAGUUUUAAGAACUGUUAAACUGUUAAAAUGAUGUGGCCACUUCACCUUUUGUGGACUGUUUGCAUAUGAUUGUGCAGUGUAGAACACUCUGCUUGGUCAGUUCCUACAUUGCACGAUGUAAUUUCUUGGUUCUCUAGGAGGCCACUGUGGUGGAAUCUGGUAAUUAUAAAUUGGCUGCUAUCCUACAGGAAGUUUUUGCUGAAUUAAUAAAACUGGAGAACCAUAAGGAUGGGCCUGAACAUAUUAUGUGACAGGACUCAUCGCAGCCGGAGACUGCAUAUAUGUUUCCUGGUUACUCCAAGCACUAUGGAACUGAGGUGUAGGGGAAUUAAUAAACAUUGGCCAGGAUGGCACAUGAUAGGCACAUAAGUUUGGUUUUUUCCUUAUUGCAGGUCCUAAUUUGAGCUUCUUCCCAUGAAAGUUUAUUUGUGAUUCUACUAUUUUCUGUACAUCUACGUUGUCCAAAAAUGAUACAAAUUCAUAUCCUUUAGAUACACCAGUUCUGUCAGUGAUUGUUUUCACUUCUUUAGCUGUGCCAUAUCAUGUAAAAAAGCUCAGAGUUUCUAUCUCAUCCAUCCUUAUAUCUAUUCCACCCACAAAAAUGGUAUUUGGCAUGAUUUUCCUUUCAGGCAGAACAUAUCCUUGGCUGGUAGCAGGUAACUGAGAGCUUUCUUCCCAUGGAAUAUUUGUGUUUUGAGAGUCCUGAUAUGAAGUAGACAUCUCCACAUAUUCUUUGCAUGCCUCCACUUUGAAGGACGGCAAGAGCAGCCACUUCCUUCCUUUUUCUUGCCCCCUUCUUCACAAUGCCCGGGCUUAACCUAGGCCUUCAGUCCUGUCCAUUUGACAGCCUGCAUCAAAAUCUCUUGCUUCAUGAAUUAAUUAAAUAUGAAUUAAUUUUAUGAGCCCCCUCCCCCCAAUUUGCUGUUUUUAAGCAAAAUUUAAAGGAUUUACCCAUUAGGAAUAUAUUUAAUUUUCUUCUUGCCAAAGAAAAAAGAAAAUGUGAACACUAAGACAAAAAACUGACUAGCUCAUGGAGGUUAUCAAUCUGUUUUGAACUUCUAUGAGGAUUAUUUUUAGUUCAAUAAACAAUAUUAAAUAUUUAUUUAAAUGUGCAAAAGGGAAAUUAAUUUGCUGUCUCCAAAAAGUGAAAACAUAGCAGAUGUGUACAUCAAUACAUUGCCUGUUGAAGCAAUUGUCUGAAAUCAGCAUGCCAGAUAACUGUGUAUGCCGUAUCAGAAAUCAACUCUGUUAUGUGCAGUAGGACUUAUUCCCAAUAAACAUAUAUAGGAUUACCACCUUAAUGGAGUUCAAAUUUGGCAUUGAUACUCCUUCACACUUUAAGCAUAUUAUUGAUCUUCUUGUAAUUAUUUUAGAAUAGAAUCAGAAACGUAGUUAGAUUGAGAUUUUUCUGUGCGUAAAUUUUCCUUUUUACUUUAUGCUUCCAAAUGGUUGAAGGACCUAACUUUAAUCUUUAAUUCGGCAAAUCUUGAUUUUUAUGGGAAUAUAUAUUUUCUUAUGACAGCCUUCCCUGUCUUACUGGUGUCCAAAUCAGUGGGUUACAAUUUCCAGCAUUGUCAGCCAGCAUGCUAAUUGUAACAUUUGAGAAUUUAAAGUCGAAUAACUCUUUUUUUGGGGGUGGGUGGGUGGAAGUACCAGUUUGUAUCACUUUGCUCAAAGGUCUCAUUUUGCAUCACCUUUCAAAGAUCUCAUUUUGCUUCAUCGAUUCUAGUAUUAGAACUCUUUUUAAUGUUCUGUUUUCUGACAACUUGCUCCUGAGAGUUGAGGAAAAUUUCAGGAAUACUUCUGAAAGUACAGGGACAUGUAGUGGGCAUGACAUUGGCAUUUGCCCUGCAUAUGAGUUGAUGUGCCUUUUAGAUCCAAGCCUAUAUUUUCUUUUUAAGUUUCUGAAUAAAGCUAUAGUAGUAGGCUAUAUAGUUCAUAAACAAUUGUUUUUGAACAAGCAGGCAUAGGGUUUUGAAUGGCAAUCAGGACUGAAUUUGAAUGGCACUCAAUUCUGGAUUUCUGUUACUGUUGUUUUAGGAAGCUCCUCUAGACUAAAGUAAAUGGAACUAAUAGUUGUGUUAGUCACAGCCCUACAUAGUUAGUAUGGUGACAGUCAAUCUGAAGUACCAUGAAUUGUGCUCUGUUACUCAGCACAGAUUACUAGAAGCAUGGUUCAAUAUUAAUUAAAUUAAUAAUUCAAUAUUAAUUAAUGAAACAAAAGUAGAGUGCUAUAUGCAUUCCAGAAAUUUUUACCAUUAGUAACAUUCCCCUCAUUGUGCUGUUAUGAUAGUACUUUCCCACUGAAUAAAAUUCAGUGAUAGCAGUUUAGUUGAGGUCACAUUCAAACUUAAAACAGGUCUUUUGCAUGCCUUUACAUUUUCCUAUGGUGGGUCUAAUUUCUGCAACUACAACAUUUUUAAUUAAUCUUUCAUUUUUCAUGAUUUAUGUUUAACUUCACAUACAGUAGUGAAUGACUCCAAAUGUGUAUACAAAUAUAUUUAGCUGUCUUCAAUAGAUUAAGCAGUUUAGGAACAUUGCAACACAGAACUAAGAAGCUGUUAGUUAAGGAAAACAUUCCAAGAACUCCCAGCUUAGCUUCAAGGAGUUAAUUCUGCAUUUCCUACAUCAUGGGUCGUUUCUCCACUAGCAAGCAUCUUCUAGAAUCAUCCCAACAUUGAUGUGCCAUGAUUAACAAUAAUGAGGACAGAUUUCACAUCACUUCAGUGACAAGCGGAUGAUGCUAUGAAAACAUGCUUAAGACACUCCCUAGUGGGGCAAUGGCCAUAGCCCUUUUCUCCAUACAUAAGUUCUAGCUCACAGAUAAUAGAAAUUUUUUGUAGUCUAGAAAUGUUAGUAAUGGGGAAAUGUUAUAUUUAAACUUACCAAAAAAUUGUAAGUGCUCCUUGAUAGUAGAAGAAACCACAAAAAUUGGUCUAAUUAUUUAUAUACAUUUGGAAACUGCAUUGCUUGCCUUGUUAAGGACGUUUGCUUCAUCUUUUUAAAACAAAAAUAUUUGUUGUGAUCUUAUAAAAAUAACAAAAUAAGAAAGCAGCAUCAAAACCUUGAACGUUUGGGGGGGAAUUGUUUCUCUGCACUAAAUUAGUUUAGGAGCUCUAGUUGCCCAGAGCGACUGUUCUAUUCAUACAAGACUGGGCUGUAAUCACACCAGAAAAAGCACAGUUCUAAAAGUCCAGGAUGCUUUCACAUGAUGGCCUGCAGCCAUUUGAUUCUUCCAAACCAUGGAGAGAAAGUCUUGUCGUGGCUGAGAAGCACCUCACUCCUCUCUCUUGUUCCGAAUGGUCUUGUUUGUGUCAGUCUGCAGCUGUGUAUGGUUUUAUGUCUUAUAAUCCUUCAUCACCUCUAUCCUAUCAAGUCAUAUCUAAAGUAGAAAAUUAGUUUCCAGUGAAAGUAAUAUGUAGUGCUUUUAUGAUAUUUGUGUGCAAUAUCCCCUCUACCAUUGAGGAUAUUUGAUGUAAAGGAAAUAAGCUCAGUUCCACAAUAAAAAAUUAAAAUAG